AUGGCCUCAUUUAGGAACAAUGCCCUGCGACAGGGCUACUUGGUUCUCCUGGUGCUGGCCUUUUCAACCUUAGUUUCUGCUAUAGAACUUAAUGUUUGUGCCAGUUUCAACACGGCCCAAACGCCGUUGAACGUCAGCAUAUACCAAACCAACGGACUUUGUACACAGUUUUGCAUGAAGAAAAAUUACGCCUUCUCCAUCACACAACAGAAUUCGUGCUGGUGCUCAAACUAUUAUCCCGACCAAGGCUCGGUAGUCGACACCAAAAAGUGUAAUACACCUUGCCCAGCUUGGACUCCCGAAGACUGCGGUGGACCCGGCUUGUUUGGCUAUAUUCUCUUGAAUGAGGUCGCUCCGUCCGGUACCAGCACGGCACCAGCAAGCUCAACAACAGGACAGAGCACAGCUUCAGAAUCGUCCUCAGCAACGUCCAGCUCCGCCAUUACUUCCACCUCCGCGUCCACUUCCGCGUCCACUUCCAUCUCCACCUCCACAUCAGAGACGCCGACUACUUCUCCAAGUAGCUCAUCCUCUUCGAGCUCCACGUCGUCGUCUUCUGCCAGUACCACGCCUAACCCAUCGUCAUCCGGCGAGCAGAGCUCCGGCAGCAGCGGCGGUCUUCCCAAGCAAACAGCAGACCCAAGCGGAGACCAAACUGGCACCACUUCCAAGAAAUCGAAAUCGGGGCUUUCAACCGGUGCCAUUGUUGGUAUUGUGGUUGGUAUUGUGGGCGGUCUGGUGGUCCUCGCUGCUGCCUUCUUCUGGUUCCUCCGGCGGAGAAGGCAAAAUCAGGACGAAUACCGAGACGAUCCUAGCGUUCGGGGUAGCUCAUCCGGCAUGGUGGGAUCGGUUCCCCCUGAGAUGAGCAUAAACGGCGGCUCACCAGCUUCGCCGGUCGCUGCUGCCAACAGAAACAGCACAAUCCAGAUCGAUCCUCGAAUGGACCCCUUUAAGCAGGGUCUCUACAUACGCGGUAGCCACGAAAGUCUCAACACUCUGCGAGACGACCAUGACUAUUCACGACGAAUCCAGCGACCUACGGUGCUCCGAGCAACGAACCCUGAUCCUGAAGAAGGAUAA